AUGAGCAGGAGAGAGUCUCGUGUGUCAAUCAGUGCAAGGCAGAAUGAUGCCCUAUUCGAGUUUGAAAACUUCAAGAAGAAAUUUCUGCUAGCCAAUAAACAUAUCACGAAGCUCAACUCGACCCUCAGUGUCCGAAUCGAAGAGCUAAAUGCCCAGAUAUCCACACUCUACACCGAAAAUCUUCGACUUCGAGCCUCAGAAAUCAACCUGGCAGCCCAGCUGAAACGCGAGCGCGAAAAAUCUCGGAAAAUCAUUGCAGAGACUGAAGCCGCAGCGCUCGGACUUACCAAACAUCUGAGCUUUCUCCGUCAAGCCUUUUGUAUAACCGAAGAAGCCUCUUCAUCUUCGUCCUCGCCUACUCCGCCUAGAGCCACACAGCGGCCGCUCCCAUCCGCAGACUCGCCUAAUUCACUUCUGUAUCCACGAUUAUCGCGAGCUCCUACAAUUCCCCUGAUAUACGAAGACGACGAACCUUCGGAUCCUACGGAGGAUGAAGACGAGGCCAAAGAGAAGACUCCUAGCCCGAGGCGUAGAAUGAAAGUCAAACGGCUUUCUGCCUCCCGAUUACCACUGCUUUCCCGAGUGUCAUCUCCUCCACCUAUCACUGUACCAAUUGACCGUUCUACUAAUUCUGCUUCAAAUUCCACUAGGCGGAAACCUAUUCGUCGUCAGAGUGGUCUCUUGGUGCGACAGGGGAGUCCAGUAGCAGGAUCGCAUGAGGCUGCGGAAGAUGAUGAGUUGGCUGCCGUGUUGGACGAAGCGGAGGAAGAGGUCCCCGUUGUCAAGAAGGAAAAGCGCAAGAUCAUCAGGGAAAAGGGAAAAGAGAAGGAGAAAGAUCAUGAAACCUCUUUACGCAAGAAGCUCCGCGACGAAAUGGGCAACGAAGGGAAAAAGUUUAAGCUGGCGGACGUCACCAACUCCCCAAGAAGUCAACCCUCCCAAUCAGUGGAUGCUGUACUAUCUGAAGUUGAAUUGGAUGUCGCGCGAACAUCCAAUAAUAGACGAGAAUUUUUAUCGUCUUCACCUCCAAGGUCAUCAUCUGGUUCCCAUUUUAGUUCCAACAACUAUCUACCUAUACCACAACAAUCAUCUAGCCCUCCACAGAUACCAGCUACGCAUGAUAAUCAAGAUUUGGACUCAGAGCUCGCACAGAUUGGCGGCAGGGAGCGACGUGUGCGAAAAAGUGUGAACUAUGCUGAACCUAAGUUGAAUACCAAAAUGCGAAAGCCCGACUCCGAACCAGGUGGAAGCUCAUUACGGAAACGCAAAUCAGCCUCUGCAGUAAUGUCCAGCCGUUCAGAGGAGUGUGUUCCUGGUCAUGAGGUAGAUGCGGACGGUGACUACGAGGAUCCUGACGGUGGAGCUCGGUCGUCAUUGGAAGGUCCCGAAUGCCAACCCUCCCGAGCGAGGAGCCGUGCGACAGAUCCAGCUCAGUUAAUUUUACCCGCUUCCAGACCCGGGUCCUCGGCCGACGUGGCAUCUCAACCCCUUGCAUCAGCGACAUCUAGUACAUCCAUACCGUCAAGGCGAGCCAAGUCUCGCUCAUACCUGUACACUGCCGAAGAUGUGCCCAGUCCUGAAUCGGAUGACGCUGACACGGAAUAUAUUCCUUCGAGCGGUGUAGCAAGAGGUGGCCCAUCUUGGGUAAAUACGUCGGAAAGGAAGAAAGCUGGGAAGCGGGUAUCUGUUGAGGAUGACGCGGCGAGGAGACAUAGCUUAGCCGUCUAA